AUGUCUGGUGGCGUCGAUUCGAGUGUUUCCGCAGCAUUACUUAAGCAACAGGGAUUUCGGGUGCAAGGCAUCUACAUGCGCAAUUGGGAUACAGCCGAUGAACGAGGCGUUUGUACCAGUGCAGAGGAUUGGGAGGACGUUCAAAGAGUGUGUUUCAAAUUGGAUAUUCCUUGCGAGCAAGUGGAUUUCGUCAAGGAAUAUUGGACCGAUGUGUUCCAGCAAACCCUGGAUGACUACGCAGCGGGUCUAACGCCCAAUCCGGAUGUCAUGUGCAAUCAAUACAUUAAAUUUGGUUCGUUGAUUUCAAAGGUACCAGUGGACGCUUGGUUCGCUACGGGACAUUACUGUCGUACCUACGAUGGACGUCUCUUGCGAGGAAAGGACCGAAAUAAAGAUCAGUCGUACUAUUUAUCUACCGUUCCUGAAGACGCUCUUAGACGCACCAUGUUCCCGCUCGGCGAAUUCGAAUCCAAAACUCAGGUGAAAAAUCUCGCUGAACAAUUGGGACUUCACGUUGCGGCCAAACGAGAGAGUAUGGGGAUCUGCUUCGUGGGCCAACGACGCCGGUUUGCCGAUUUCCUUGCAGAAUACAUUGACCAGCCCCCGGGUCCUGCCGUAGAUCUGCAAGGCAAUGUCAUUGGCCAACAUCGUGGAUUAUUCGGAUAUACCAUUGGUCAAGCCUCCCACAUCUGUCACGGACCUCACAAAUGGUGCGUCGCCGAAAAGGAUGUACCGAAUAAUACCCUCAUCUGCGUUCCCGGUUCCAAUCAUCCUGCUCUCUUCCAUUCUGCUUGCACUGCCCGCAACUGGGUUUGGAUCCAUCCCAGCACCGCUUUAGAAGGAGAAAAACUUGUCGAUGCUCAAGUCCGUUAUCGCCAAUCACCGCAGAAAGCCAUCUUAUCAAAGCAAGGCGAUCGAUACACUGUACGGUUCCUUGAACCCGUACGAGCCAUGGCGCGUGGACAACAAGUGGUAGUGUGGGACGGGGACUGGUGUUUGGGAGGCGGCGUCAUUGAUACCAUUGAAUCCGCUUUUCCAUCACCGUAA